AUGGAGACCAUUCCCAUCCCUCUCACUGAUCUCAUCGCCCCUAUUCCUAACAUCAGAACGCGCACGUUCUUCAUUGUGAACGACCGUCUGGACAUCGAUGCUCUUCGGAACGCGCUGACAGAUCUGAUCCGGAACCACUGGCGCAAACUAGGGGCGCGCGUGGUCCGAGGGACCAAAAACGGACAGUGGGAGUAUCAUCUUCCCAAGACAUUCGACGACGAAUACGUGCUUUUCAACUGGACCUCGGAAGACAGCGAGGCCUCCAUUGGCACUGUCACUGAAUCGCUCAAACGUCCCUCCCCGGACAGCGGCAUCGCUUUUCUCCAGCCCAUCAACGACGUCGACAGCUGCUUCAGGCCCGCCGACUGGCCCUUUGAGCAAAAGGAUGACCCUGCUGACGCCCCGAUCCUCUACGUCCACAUCCGCACAUUUACCGACGCGACUGUCAUCGCCAUCAGCAUGCUGCAUGUCUUCGGCGACCAGCUCGGUCUCGCCAACAUUGUGAAAGCAUGGAUGGGUAUUCUCGACGGGAAAACACCUCCUCCGUUCGUAGGAUACGACGAAGAGGUGCUUCCACAUGAUAAGGCAUUUGCGGAUUUCCCGAAGCAGGAUACGUACCGUAAGGGGAGGAUACGGGUGAGGCGGUUUGGCGAGUACGCGUUGGUGCUACUCGGUUUUAUCCUGGAGCUGAUCUUACAUGGCGAGGAGAGUCACAUCAUCUUCUUCCCGCUUAAGAUGGUCGAGUCGCUGCGGGAGCGGACGUCGAAAGAGCUGGAGCAAAAGCACGGGGCGGACCCGGGACUUUCGCACGCGGACAUUCUGACUGGUAUCUUGACAAAGUUUGCGCACAUGUACAAGACAUCACCUGUCACAAUUUCACUCUCGCAAACCGUCAAUCUGCGUGGCCGUGUCCCCCAGCUCUUGUCCCCCGCGCGUGACGGCUAUAUCCAUAACGCCCUGAUCUAUGCGACAUCUCGUUACCGUCACUCGCGCUCCACGUCGGUCGGCGAGAUUGCGUACCUGAACCGUCAAGCUGUCAACGAAGCCUUGACGACCAAGGGCAGUGACAUCGGGUUGGCCGUGAUGCGGGAAAAGGUCAAGCGCGGCCAAUCUUUGCACAUUUGUGAACCAUUCGAGAAGUCGUACGGCGUUACCAACUGGUGCGGAGCCUGGAAGGGUGUCGAUUUCACCAAUGCGGUGAAGACGGGAGAAAAGCAGGGCGGCAAGACCCGCCCGUUGGACAUGCUUGUCCUGGGCUUCGGCGGAGAGCGAAAGACGCCGAAAAGAUUCCAUUCCACUGUCAUGUGCAAGACGAGUGAUGGUUAUUGGGUCGAUUUCACUACAUCCCGGAAGGGCAUGAAGGCGAUCAAGGACUAUAUCGCUUCGGACCCGGCCCUGGAACGGUAUUGA